AUGGUGGAACCAUUCAUGAUCUUUGCCAUGGUUCUCUAUGUCACGUUGUGCUCCCUGGGGAUCCUGGCUAAUGGCUUCAUUGUUGUGGUACUGGGAAGGGAGUGGGUUCCAUGCCAUCGGCUGUCUCCCUGUGACAUGAUCCUGAUCAAUUUGGGUGCCUCUCGCUUCUGUCUGCAGUGGCUUGGAAUUACACACAACUUUUACUAUUUUCUUCACCACCUACAAUAUUCCAAGGAGCCUACCUGCCAGUACUUUGGAAUUUACUGGGAUUUUCUGAAUAUGGCUACAUUCUGGUUUGCCACUUGGCUUAGCGUCCUCUUCUGUGUGAAGAUUGCAAAUUUCACUCAUCCCAUUUUCCUUUGGCUAAAGUGGAGAAUCGAGGGACUAGUACCAUGGUUCCUACUCAUCUCCCUGCUAAACUCUUUCAUUGUCACCGUGCUGUUUUUUGUGGGGAACAAUACUUUGUACCAGGCAUUCUUGCAGGGGACAUUCUCUGAGAACACAACCUUAUAUGGCUUCACUAGGAAAUUAGAAAUCCACUAUUUUCUCCCUUUGAAACUCAUUACUUUGUCUAUCCCCUGUUCUAUGUUUGUAGUCUCAACAGUUCUGCUGAUUACCUCUCUGAGGAGACACUCCUGGACAAUGCGACAUAGUGUUCACAGUACCCAGGAUCCUAGUACUCAGGCUCACACCAGAGGUCUGAAGUCUCUGGUCUCCUUUCUAGUACUUUAUGCUCUUUCUUUUUUGUUUAUGAUCACUGAUGUUGCUGUCUUUUCUGGCUUUGAGGGUACCUGGUACUGGCCAUGGCAUAUCGUGAUUUACUUAUGCUCAUCCAUUCAUCCCUUCAUUCUUAUCCUUGGCAACUCCCAGCUAGGAGGGACACUCAUGAAACUUCUUCUUCUGCUUAAAGUCUUCUGGAAUGACAAGAGGCUGUCACCUCCUAUCUGA